UAUACGCAACUUUAUUUGCUUCUCCGUUACGAUGCUCGAGUCUAGAAAUGGGAAAAUUCAAAAGCUAAAAUCUAGUACAAUAUCAUUUUUGCUUGCCAUAUCUAUAUUAGAUAGUGGGAUUAAGAUAAAACUGCCUUGUCACCCAUCGUGUAUGGCCUGAUAAAGUUGCACACCAGCUUUCUACGUGAGGAACGGACACUGUCCACCUUUCUCUUCCCUGUCCUCUAGCGCCACCAUGUACGUACGGGCGGCGCGCGCGUGCCUGUUUGGUGCCGCGCGUGGCGUGGGUUUUCAGCGGCCAGCGACCCAUGCACCGCCGGCCGGACGGGCCAUAAAUGCACGGCGGAUGGGCGCGACAUUUGGAAGGAGGACACGACCGCGUACGAGGUAGAGUGGUAGAGUACUGGGCGCCAUGGAGUCAGUGGGCGUGGGAGUGGGAGUGGUCGCCGACACUGGUGCAGCGCCUCUGCUCGUCGUCGCCGCCGUCGCCGUCGCCCUCUUCCUCGUCGGCACCUUGGUCAGCAGGCAUGGCGGCAGCGGCAAGCAGGGCCGCCUGCCCCCGAGCCCCGUGGCGCUCCCGCUCAUCGGCCACCUGCACCUCAUCCGCGAGCCCCCGCACCGCGCCUUCCACCGCAUCCUCGCCCGCCACGGCCCGCUCGUCUACCUCCGCCUCGGCCCCUCCACGCACUGCGUCGUCAUCGGCUCCGCCGACGUCGCCCGCGACGUGCUCAAGUUCGAGGGCAGCAUCCCGGAGCGGCCCCAGACGGCCGUCACGCGGCAGCUCGCCUACGGCUCCUCCGGCUUCGCCUUCGCGCCCUACGGCCCGCACUGGCGCUUCAUGAAGCGCCUCUGCAUGGCGGAGCUGCUCGGCCCGCGCACCAUCGAGCUGCUCCGCCCCGUCCGCGCCGCCGAGCUCGCCGGCGUCAUGGGCGCGGCCGCCGCGGCGGCCGCGGAGGGCGAGGCGCUGGACGUGAGCAGGCAGCUCAUCCGGCUGUCGAACAACGCCAUGAUGCGGAUGGUGGCCAGCGCGCUGCCCGGCGACAUGGCGGACCUGGCCCGCGACUGCGCCAAGCAGGUGGCCGAGCUCGUCGGCGCUUUCAACCUCGAGGACUACGUGGCGCUGUUUCGCGGCUGGGACCUGCAGGGGCUGUCCCGCCGGACGCGCGGCGUGCACGCCAGGUUCGACGCGCUGCUCGAGUCCAUCAUCCGGGGCAAGGAGAAGGAGCGGCGCGAGGGCGCCGACGGGGGCAACACCAAGGACCUGCUCGACAUCCUCAUGGACGCCGCCGCAGACCCCGCCGCCGAGGUCAAGCUCACCCGGGACAACAUCAAGGCCUUCGUCCUCGACAUCUUCACGGCCGGGUCGGACACGACGGCGACCACCGUGGAGUGGAUGCUGGCGGAGCUGCUGACGCACCCGGACUGCCUGCAAAAGCUGCGCGCAGAGCUGGAGGCGGUGGUGGGCGCGUCCAGGGUGGUGGGCGAGCCGGACGUAGCGCAGAUGCCGUACCUGCAGGCGGUGCUCAAGGAGACGCUGCGGCUGCGCCCGCCGGCGGUGAUCGCGCACCGGGAGGCGGUGGAGCCGAUCCGCGUGCGCGGGUACACCAUCCCGGCCAGGACGUCCGUCUUCUUCAACAUCUACUCCAUUGGGCGCGACGCGGCGUGGUGGGAGGACCCACUUGAGUUCCGGCCGGAGCGGUUCAUGCCCGGCGGGGCCGGCGAGGGCGUGGACCCGAAGGGGCAGCACCUGCAGCUGAUGCCGUUCGGGAGCGGGCGGCGCGCGUGCCCCGGCAUGGGGCUGGCCCUGCUGGCCGUGCCGGCAUUCCUGGCGGCGCUGGUGCAGUGCUUCGACUGGGAGGUGCCCGCCCCGCCGCUGGACAUGGAGGAGGGGGAGGGGCUCGUCAUCCCGAGGAAGCAGCCGCUCCUGCUCCGGCCCACGCUGCGCCAUGGCCAUUUACUGCCCCUUCCAUAGAUGCAUCCGUUUCUGCAUCCACCCAGCUCGUAGGAUCAGCUCUGCGUGAAGCUAGCAUUUCCUGUCGUGACCUAGUGUUUGCAUGCUUGCCAUGCUAGAAACAGUUAUUGUGUGUAUUCCGGUAAGACUCAAGGUAUAACUCAACACCUAUAAAAACAUGGUUUGGGAUUGUGGCUUGGUGAUUGCAAGGUUUAACUUGUGUGCAA